GCCGAGAUCGCAAAUUUAGUUCUUCGUCGGAGGCCGUAGUGAGAGAGAUCGGUGUUCAGACAGUCGGAAAUUGUACGAAAAACUUGUUAAUUCUGGGUAACUCCGGCUCCACAACGCUUCAUCUUUUACGAUUUUGAGAGCGCAGAUCUUCUGUCUGCAUUAGAUAUUGUCCCCUCGAAGUUCUCAGCAUGGGCACACGCAAACGAUGAGAUUCUUUGCCUUGGGAGACAUUUGUGGCAUAAAGGUGACGGAAGUCCUCUCGAAGGCUUUGCUUGCUCCGCAUCAACUGCGUUGAUCUUAUAUGAAGCCAAGAUCGCGACUGGACAAAGAUUCGAAUUUUGUUCAUCUCCGAAGGCCGUAGUGAAAGAGAUCUGUGUUCAGAGCAUCGGAAAUAUUACCACAAAAUUGUGAAUUCUAGUCGUUACGAGCUACUUUGCCCACGUCUAUGUUCGUCAUAUACUUGACGAGUACAAGGAGCCAUUCACGAACUUGAUCGUGCGGUAUUAGGCCGUCUUCAUCACUUGUGAUCAAGAGAGUUCGUGGUACUGUUGUUGAAGAACAUUCAAGGGAAGACUAAUGGCCGAGGUCAUGAAGCCGAUGAUCACCUGUGCUCCCAGUGAACUCAAGUUUGAUCAAGCGGCUAGCGACUUGCAGUUGGGUGGCACUGAACUUAAAUAUUUGCCCGAGCCCUGUGUAGCACUUACUCAGCUUCCUUGAUCCCAAAGACAUUGCCAUGUCGGCUUGCACUAACCGCGUGUUCCGAAGUGCAUCUCUUUCGGAUGUUGUCUGGCAAGCCAAGUUGCCGAAAGAUUAUACUGAAGUUCUUAUGAAGGCAAAGGAUGGCGCACGCGGUUUUGAUUCUAAAAAACAAAUAUUCGAUUAUCUCUGCAGCAAGGUCCCUCUUCAUGGUCACGAGUCUUAUUGGCUAGUGAGGUCGCCUUUAGGAGUUUGUCGAAGUCAAGGAGCUGAAGCCCUAGGUAUCGCAUGGGGUGAUGAUAACCGAUACUGGGAAUGGCAUCAGCGAGGUGGUUCCACGUAAACUUGCGUUUGAACUUUCUCAAUUGUUUCGGCGACAUUGGGCCCGAUGUCUGCCACUCGAAAUCAAUGGAUCCUUGAAUCUUUACCCAGUUAUGACAAAUCGGCGUAUCUCAAAUGAGUCUGGUGGUUGAGUGCUAACGGGAGCAUGGAGUGUUCUCUACCAGUCGGCACGUACACUCUCUCGUGGAGGUUUGCCUUGGAGCGCGCGUUCGGGUUUUCCGAUCGUUCCAGGCCUAUUGUGUUUGCAAUGUCAGUCAAUGAUCAUGAGGUUGUGCGUAAAGAGGGUUUUUUGCAACAAUCCUCAUCCCGCGCACUCCGUGCCUAUGGCAGCCAAAGGCACGAGACUAUAAGGAGAGGCGCAGAAGCUGAGCAUUCCCCGUAGACACGGACUGGAAAGAGUUUUAUGUCGGAGAUUUUACUAUAGAAGAGGGAGAAAAUGACUCCGGAAUUGGUCGAGUUAAUCUGCGAUACUCAAUUGACCAGACUGAAAACACUAAUGAGAAAGGCGGUUUGUGGUUGGAUGGUGUUGUGAUCAAUCUGAAGCAGCAAGGAGUGGAUGUAUUGCGUAAUGAUUAUGCCGUAGCUACAGGGAAUGAAUAGAAGAAGGAUUGGAUGCAGGGCGUGGUGAUUUUGCCGAAGCAGCAGGGAUUGGAAGAGGACAAAAGAUGGUUCAAAGGUGGCGCCCAGGAAAGAAUAGAUAACUUAUAAAGCGCCCUGAGCUUAUCUGAAAGCAAUUGGUAUUACUGCCACAAAAUUGCAUAUUUGAGCGAGUGCAUUUUUGCGAGCCACGUGUAGAUAUUGGGAAAGAGAAUGUAUAUACGUACAUGUAAGUAGAUUCAUGUAGGGGCAACCAUAGUGAGGUCGUUGUGAAGAGUUGAAACAGUUUAGCAGUAAGAACUGAGAUUGUACCUAGUUCGCAAGGGCUGUGAGUUUAGGUUCAAUGGACCGAAGUAAAUGUUCAAUCACAUAUAUGUAAGUGUCCUAUGAUAGGGAAGUAAUUAACGGUUUGUGUAAUUGAUUUGUUUUCAAACAUUGUUUGAAAACAUUAAAAAAAGAUCAGAAAAGGUAACGG